AGGAAGGGCGUGGCACAUCUUUUCCUGAGUUCAUACUCUGCGUUUCUAUGAAAGGAAGUGUAUCAACAUCUGUUUAGUAUUUUGAGACUUGUCUGCAUUGCACAUUGCACGAUUCUCUAUACAUUUCUCUUCUGUAAUUUUCAGGUGUGCCAGGCAAUUAGCAGUUUUUCAAUAGCAGCACCUACUGUAAACGAUGAUGGAAAUGAACAGUUCAUGCGAGUUUGGCAUUGCUCAACACGAAUUCAACAUAUGCGUUGGACACCUUAAUAACUUCACAACCAAAAGGGAUCUCUACAAACUAAAUUCUGAGCUUUUUCAGAAAAUUCUUCUAUCGACAACUUUGUUCACACUUUUAAACUGCGUGGGUGUUCCCGGGAACCUUUUCGUCUUCCUUGUGUACCUCAGGAAGUUCAAGACCAGCGCCACACGUGUGUUCGUGAUGACCAUGGCCAUGUGCGAUUUCUUGGUCAAUCUUUCUGUGCUUCCUGUUCAUCUAGUGUAUUAUCGCCACAUGUACACCAUCAGCAACCCAGCUUUUUGUACUAUUGCAUACUUGGUGAUGAGAACCCCUGCGGUUUUUUCUUACCUGGUGUUGGUGUGUGCGAGUCUGGAUCGUCGACGUCGUGUGUGUCAGCCUCUCAGACCUCAGCUGGAUGCCCGACAAGCAACCUUCCUCUUGGGUGUGCCAUUCAUCGUGUCCACCAUAGGAACAUUUCCUUUUGUAGCCUUCUACACAGGAAUGCAGUUUAAUACCACAACUGGUAUAACUGGCAGAAAGUGCGGCUUUCAGAGAGAGUUUCCAGGAGACUCUGUCAAACUUGCCGAGGGCAUUGUUCUGGCAGUGUACUGUGUCGUCAGCUUUACCCUGAUAGUGGGUUCCUACGGUCACAUCCUGUAUCACGUAAAGCAACAGAGUAAGAAAUUUUGUAAGAACUUAAGGUGUGGUGUUGGUCAGCAAGAAACGGGCCUUUCCGUGAUGUCAUUUUCAACCUCAGGCAGAAGAUCAGAAAAGGAAGACGAAAAUACAACAGAAGACAUUGAAGAGUCAAUUGAUGAGGAGAGAUGUGUCACUCGGCCAGAAGGUGGAGCCAGUGAGCUGAUGGCAGAGGACCUCAGUGUAUCAGCAAGUCAUCCGCUACCAGCAAGACAUAGGACGAGUGUCGGGGUACAUCAUUCGAGGAAGCUUCUGGCCUCAAAGACAACUCUUGUCAUGUUUGUACUGACCAUCACAACUGUCGUCUGCCUCACGCCUUAUAUAAUCUCUAAAGGUUUCCCUGAACUACUUUUCGAGCCGGACUUGAACUUCUGGGUCAUGAACUUGAGUGUCACGUCUGUUUAUCUACCGACCGUAAGAAGCGCCGUCACCCCGUUCAUCUACCUUUACUUUAAUCCCAAAUUCCGAUUACACUGUCGAGAGAUUCUCAAUUUCAGGAGGUGUCACUAGAACACACGAUUUAUUUUGACCGUUAAGGUAGCCUUCUAAAGCUAACGUGUGUUUCCAUACAUAUCUAUAGUUAAUAUCAGUUAAUUUCUGUUGGUGUCUGCACAUUGUGUUUAACAUGUCUAAUUAUCAUUUGUAUGAUUUAGUCAGGUCUUAACAAUUGUACAGUGUAUUCAAUUAUGAAUUAUAUAGAAUUAUACUGGCAACUGCUGGAACUUUGCUCUUGUCUUCUGUCAUCAAUUUACUUCAGUUUUUAUCAUAAUUUUUAUAGUGCUUAACCGUGAGUUUUAUUUACAUUUCAUUGCAUGUUAGGAAUAAAGUUCAAAUCUUGUAAUGUUUUGUUGGAAAAUUGCUUCUCACCAUAUUUUCUCCAAGCUCCUAUGAAUUCGGGUAUUUAGUCACAAGAGCUUAGUCGACUGUAAAGUUUCAAUAGUUACAAAGACAUCAAGCUAAUUACUAUAGAAAUUCGUUAAAUUACUUCUAACUGAGUAUUGUCUAGUUCAAGUAUUUCAAUAGUCUGGUUAGAGCUUCUAAUUUUUAUUUAUUAGAGUACACAAUUUCGUGAAAUGUAUUAUUUUUAUUAAAC